CUAUUCUAAAGAAUAUGAGAUUCAUUUUCUUUAUUUUUGUCAUAUUUACCAUACAGUUUGAGUGCUCCAGAGCAUACUAUGAAUAUUUUAAUAUGGUACAACAAUGGCCGGUAACAUUGUGCAUGUUUAGAAUUAAAGGAUGUGCAGUGAAAGCUCUUCCAAACAAGUUUACAAUUCAUGGCUUAUGGGGGACCAAUGUAUCUGCACCGUAUCCAAAAGAUUGCACAAACGAAAUAUUGAGCCCUAUAACUUAUGGUAAAUUUUUAUCACAAAUUCAAAACGAAUGGCCAGACAUAGAGAAUGGAAAUGAUAAAGGUUUUGUGGAAACUGAAUGGCUUAAGCAUGGAACAUGCUCUCUCAACAAAUUUACUCAAAUAGAAUAUUUACAACUUGCUCUGGAUAUCAAAAACAGUAUUAGUCUAAUAGAUGUUUUAAAAAAUGCAAAUAUCGUGCCACAUAAAACAGCAACUUAUGACAUAAGUGAUAUUGUUCGAGCCAUCAAGACUAGCCAUCCUAAUGAGCCAACUCUUAUGUGUAAAAUGGAUCCAAAUCCGAGGAAUGUAAUACCUUAUUUACAAGAAAUAAGGUUGUGCUUUGAAGACAAUGGAAUCACACCCAGGAAUUGUCCUGGAAAUACACGCAUCAUGUGUAUUAAUAAAAAUAGUAACAAUAAGGUCUUUUUUCCAGCAUGAUAUAAUGAUAUUCAUGCUUUUACUGUAAUAACAUAUAAAAUAAAUUAGAAUAA